UCUCUCCUUUAAGGCAUGCAGGACUUCAAUUACCUUUACACCAACUGCUUUGAAAUCACCCUGGAGCUCAGCUGCAAUAAAUUCCCCCCCGAGGAGGACCUGGAGCGACAGUGGAUUGCCAAUCGGGAGGCCCUUGUGGCUUUCAUUGAAGAGAUUCACCAGGGCAUCAAAGGGAUGGUGUCAGACGAGAACAACAACGGCAUUGCAGGAGCAGUGAUUUCUGUCCAGGGAAUCAGCCAUGAUGUCACCUCUGGUGAUAUGGGGGACUAUUUUCGGCUCCUGCUGCCUGGUACUUACACUGUUACAGCCUCUGCAGAGGGCUACCAGUCCCAAACAGUGACAACAACAGUGGGACCAGCUGCACCUUCAUUGGUGCAUUUCCAGCUCAAACAAGACGUGGUGAGGAAGCCCCCAGAGCGUAAAACCUCAGGCUCACGUAUGAACAACAAAGCUCUUCAGAAGAAGGUAGUGCCAAGAGCCACCCACCGGGGGACCCAAAGAUGAAGACGGCGCCCUUGGCUGAGAGCUGGGGGAAGCCAUUUGUAGGAGGCCUGGCUGAUGACUGCAGCCAACUGCAGUGAACUUUCCAAGAGUCCAGCAUGAAACUAGCCCAAAUUAUGAGGUUAUUAAAUGAGGAAGUAUUUAAUCCCUGAGCAAAUAGUGAAGUCAUUCACAACAGAAUGUGCCUAGGCCGCAGUUCCCAGGGCAGAGUGUCUGUAGCUGCUGAGCUGUUCUCCUGCACUCAGUCCACCUAGGUCAGCUCUGCUCCCUUACUCUUGGACUCAACUGAGUUGCUACAGGCCACAUGAGGUGUUCAAACCCUAGUGCAUAACAGAGAAUGA